AUGAUAUUUGAAGAAUUACCAAAUGAAAAAAUAUAUGAAAUAUUUGACUAUUUGUCCGCUAUUGAUCUAUUGCGAUAUUUUUUCAAUCUAAACUCACGUUUAAACGCAUUACUUUAUCAACAAUUGAACAAAAGUCAUUUCGAUUUUCGACGAAUAUCAAAAGUAAACUUUGAUUAUAUCUGUGAAAAACAUAUUUCAUCUUUGAUCGAUCGAAUUACUUCAAUUCAUCUUUCAAAUGAUGAUCAUACUCCAAGACAAAUUCAAUUAUUUCUUGCUCGUGACAAUUUUAAACUUAAACAAUUUAUUCAUUUACAAUCAAUUUCAUUAUCAUAUGUUCGAACCAAAAAACUACUUGAUCAAAUAAUGAUUGAAUGUUCUUAUCUUCCUUGUCUAACACACUUUCGUUCAUGUAAUGAUCGAAUAAAAAUGUAUAGAGAUGAUGCAGAACAUUUCAUUCAUCGUCUAUCAAAGUUAUCAAAAUUAAUCUAUUGUUAUCUGAAUAUGGAUUGGGAACUUGAAGUUGAUCUUGUAGAUUUUUCUCCGAAUAAAUCUGAUAUUAACACAUCACUUAAACAUUUAACUAUUGGCAAAGUUAUUUGUUCUGUAGGUGCAAUAAAUCUUUUAUAUCAAUGUAUACCUAAUCUUCAAUCUCUCUCCAUGAAUUACACGAUUAAUUAUAAAAUUUAUGGCUUAUUAAUACCUAAUCUUUCAAUUACUCGAUUAGAAAUUAUACUUCAUGGAGCCAUAUAUAAAUUCAAUGACAUGUUGAAAACUAUGCCUAACUUACAUUAUUUAACAUGCACUCUAUUUGAUGAUUAUAUAAAUGGAAAUCAAUGGGAAGAAAUGAUUAGAAAAUCUGUACCUAAAUUAAAAACUAUUAAUAUUCAAAUGAAAUAUGAACCAUCGAACAACAAAAAUGAAGAGGUACAGUUAAAUGAAAUAAUUGAGUCAUUUCGAACUGAAUUUUGGAUUAAUGAAUAUCAACGGUUUAUUCGAUGUCAUUGGUAUAGUUCAGCUAAACAAGAUAAACCUAGUUUUGUCAAUGUUUUUACUUUACCUUAUAUUUUUGAUGAUUUUUAUGAUUCUACUGAAUGUGUUUUGACAAAAUCGACUUGUCCAUAUGAUAAUGAAUAUUUAAGAUGUAAUCGAGUUAUUAAUUUAUAUUAUCAAUCUUCAUCUUUUACGGAUUCGAUUCUAUCUCGUGUUCGUUUUAAUAAUAUUCGAUCACUUUCAUUAUCAUUUCCAAUAAAUAAACAAUUUCUCUCAGUUGUUUCUAAUCUUGAUCAAUUAAAUUCGCUCUACGUUUUCGUAGAUGAGAGAAAAAAUCUUGAUAAUAUUCAAUCAGAAUUACAAUAUCUACUUGAUCGAACACCUUUUCUUUAUUCGCUCAGUUUUGGCCCAUGGUCACCAUUCAAAUCACAUAUACCAUUGAAGGAAAUUACAUGUGCUUCAGUUCGGCAACUAGAUUUACGAGGAGGCCCACUCUAUAUUCCUUGGAAUGUAAGACCCAGUUUUUGUGAAGAACACUGUGUUCAACUGUUUCAAUCAUCAUUAGCUAUUCAAUGUGAAACACUUAUUAUCAAAGUUGCAACUCCAAACAUAAUAAUUGAUCUUGUCAAUAAUAUGCCUAAUCUUAAAGCAUUAAAUGUUAUAUGUGACGAUGAUGCUGGCAUAUAUAGAAAUUGGUUCGAAUCACCAGAAGAUGGUCUUUGCAAUUGGUUAUAUCAUAAAUUACCAUCCACAUCUAUUAUAUCAAGGGAUACAACUAAAGAUCAUAUUAUUCGAUUAUGGAUUCGAUGA